UCGAAUGCGACGCCACGGCACUUUCGGCCAAUCAGUGUGGGUGAACGUCACACAGUGGGCGAGUCUCUCUUCCACAGGGAACGGUCCACCGAAUUCAAACAGCCACAAGAAACAAAGCACAGGAUACUACGAUUUCAUCAGACUCUGCAGUGUGGAAAAACAACGGCAAUUAUCAUCUCUUUGAGAUCUCAUUAUGACGUCCACGAUUGUUGACGGGGUCUGGAGGUCGCAUGCAGUCCUUGAUGAAUCAGAACCGGACAGUUCGCCGGAAGCGCCACAGAAGUUUAAGAAGAUGCGCUCCUCCAGUUCGCUGAACUCAUUGAGAAUGUCUCUGCGCAAGCGACUGCCAUUGAAACCAGUGCAAUCCAACGCGAACAUCUCUGAGACCCCCACAUGGGAGUCGCUACAGAUGAACCAAAAGACUAGUGCUGUCCACAAAAUGACCCGCAGUGCCAAAAACUCCAUUGGAAGUGUCUAUCAGAGGUUUCAAAGGAGCAGACAGUCACGGCAGGAGUGUCUGGUCAUGACUCCUGGUGGAACGUCAGAUGGUGAGGAACGUGAUUGCUUAGGGACAUCAAAAACCCCAAAACGAUCUGCUGUUCGUACUACCGUCACCCCCAGGCGAACUCCAAGGUCAACCAGCAAGCGGACUCCUCGAAGGGCCUGUACCCCGGAAGCCAGUAACUCUACAGUUAGGACUGUGAAGACCAUGGGCACCAGGAGGCAGCUGGUGCGAAUGGCUGCACUCAGAAGCCCUUUUGCAUCACCCAACACAAUGAACAGAAGGAGGCAAUUUGAUAAGGAUCUGGAUUGUGUAUCCAAAGGCCUCCGGAGACUGAAGCGUCUCUCUCAAGCCUUUGAUGAUGCGUUUGGGAAAGAUCAUCGCAGAUUCAGGGAGUGUCUUAUGGAGUAAAGCUAAGAGACAAAGGAACUUUUCCCUCCGCUUCAGAUCGCGCACGUUCAUUGGUUGGUCACGCGAAAAGAGGCGUGAACCAUUCCAAGCCAUAAGAAUCGACCGAACAAGGUCCGCCUUCUCUCUCUUCUUCUCGCUCUUCGUUCACGGACACGCUGCUCUCAGAACAAAGGCCCGCUCCCGCUGCUCCACGCUCACGCCAAGAUCCAGCGCAGCUCACACGCGUGUCACACGGCCUCCGGCACACGCACGCUGUUUUCAAAAGGACCAGCGCACGCACGCUGGGCCAUGCAAGAGUGUUGUUAUGAUUUGAUCCGUUGUUGGCUGAGAAGGGUUACUGACUGUGAUUUCCAUACCUGAGCUCAUUCUGUGAUCUCAUUCAUUUUCUCUCUCUCUCUUUCUCUCUCUCUCUCUCUCUCUCCCUUAUUUGGAUUCCGUUAUGUCUUGUACAAAGGUUACUGUCUGUAUUGUCGUACGCAUAUUUACUCUGUGUGAUUUGUAGUUUCGAUGUAUUAUUAGUCAAUUAUUAAAACCCAUAUAUUCAUGAUUCUUGUCUCCACCACCCUGCUCACAUUACGAGUCACUGAGAUGUCUGAUCUUUAGCUACAAGCUUUAAAUUUAGAAACUAAAUUUAUCAUAAGGAUAGGAUAAUGUUUUCAUGGCCAGAGAAUAUUUUUCCUUGAACUAUAAGAAGUGAUAACUUUAUUGAAGAUUGAUAGGUCAAUCUGGUUUGCUGGACAAACCACUGUUUGAUUUACAGUAAGAGAUAUCACAAUAAUUGAUAUGAAGAAUGGAAUAUUGACAUAUUAAUGAGUAAAUUACAGUGCCCUGUGCUAUUAUAGACAAUUGAGCUAUUUUUCAUAAUCAAUAAAAUUUAUUGUAACUGUCAUAUGAGAUAUAUAUAUUAAUCAUAUUCCUGAUUAAUUAUUCAAAUUCCCUAUAUAUCAUUUGAGUUAAUUAUUCUGUACAUCCCAUUGUUGCUACAUUUAAUUUUUUUAAAUUUUUGUUUACAGACGUUAAAAUAUGUAGUGUCCAUAAAAACGUGAAGCAGG